AACUCUUACUCCUGUCUGCAUUAGCAGCUCAUAGUGUGGAAGACCCUUAAUACAGUCAUUAUGGACUGCAAGAUUACUGCCAUCAUCUGUGCUGUGCUGCUGUCUGCUACUCUGAUACAAGGAGCUGUUUUACCUCAAGGGAAUCGCUGUAAGUGCACAAAAGUUUCUACAAAACUGAACAUUAAGACAAUGGAAAAGUUGGAGAUUUACCCCAGAAGUUCUACAUGUGAAAAUGUUGAAUACAUUGCAACCUUCAAAAAACGGACCAUUCCAAUAUGUGUCAGCCCUGACCUAAAAGAAGUAAAGGCUCUUUUGGGAAGAAAAAAUCAACAACUUAGGCAUAUUGAAGUGAUCCACCGACAGUAGAUGUGGACAUGCAUAGAAGAUCACAUUGAACAUCUGGAAGUCUGCAUAAUCAUUGCUGACUUUGUGUUUCCUGUUUGCAUUGUCAUAACUUAUUACACAGCUUGAAUGUAAAUUUAUUGCAUGUAUGUGAAUAUAUUGUAUGUAUGUAAAUAUCACAUUAUGUGUAAAUAAUAUGUAAAUACUAUACACCAUGCAUUGCUCAUCAAGCACAUCUUAUACUUGGAGAUUGGAGAUUUUAAUAAAAUUUUCAUAAUUA